AGAAGAGGAAGAAUGGCAUUUGUCGUAGACACAGAACAAGGGGCCACUGGACCAAGCUUGAUUUCAUAUGCCAUGCAAGGGAAAUGGGAAAAAGUUGUAGAUAUAUGCAAGGAAGAUCCGUGGGCUCAUGAUGAGAAGACCACUACAUCAGGGGACACGGCAUUGCAUAUAGCAGUAUCAGAUGGCAGAGAAGAUGUAGUGGUAAAACUAGUCCAACUGAUGGCCCAUCGCAACGUGUAUCUGGUUAAUAUAAAAAAUGAUCGAGGGAACACCCCUCUCCAUUUGGCGGCGUCAGUAGGCAACGUUCGCAUGUGCAAGUGCAUAGCUGCUGAGUAUCCAGAACUGGUGGGUGUUCGCAACAAUGAAAAUGAGACCCCUCUCUUCUUAACAGCUCUCCAUGGUAUGAAAGACGCUUUCCUUUGCCUCUCUAACAUUUGUAGCAGUACAGCUAACAACAAAGUGUAUGAGUACCUUCGGAGGAGUGAUGGAGAAAAUAGUCUUCACUGUGCCAUCACCGGAGAAUACUUCGAUUUGGCAUUUACAAUUAUUCAUGAGUAUCCUGACCUCGUCAAUUAUGUCAAUGAGAGAGGAAUCUCCCCUCUCCACCUCCUUGCUUCUAAGGCUACUUUAUUCAGAAGCGGAACUCGACUGAAUUGGUUCGAUGAAAUCAUUUAUCUUUGUGUGCCUGUCAAAAAGCUCCUUCCACAGAAAUAUGAAGCUGACGAGAACCCUAACCAUACAGAGAAUUUCUAUAUAUUAACCAACUUAUGGAACAUGAUCAAAGCAUCAGGUAAACAAUCAAGCCAUAACGCUCGAAGACAAGAGCGGCCUCAUCCAAAUUAUUAUGGCAUUUGCUAUGAGAACUUCAUCAAGCUUGUAGCUAAAGCAUGGACAUUGCCGGCUGUUAUAGUUGGAUCAAGACAUAUAAAUAAGAUAAAAGAGAAGAAAGAAAAGCACACAUGGUCUGUUCAAAUCAUGGAUGAAAUGCUUAAAUAUGUUGAACCUUUCGAAUAUGAUAGUGGAAGUAUUCCCCAGCUCUCACAACCGAGAUCUGGAGAAACAGUACCUUAUGAUCAAAUUGACCCAACAUCACAUUGGAUGGUACCAGGAAAACGUUAUAAGAAAGUUUUUGAUCAGGAAACAUCACUCUUGGCAUAUUAUGGAGAAGCAAACCCUGAUGAUAGUGAGUCUGAGGAAGAGCCAAGGCCGAAGGCUUCUGCACAUCAUUCUUCAGAAAUUAAACAGAAGGAAGAAGCAUUGAAGAGAACUUGGGGGAUGGGAAAAAGGAAGUCACCAGUAUUAAUUGCAGCAGAGAAUGGCAUCAUAGAAAUGGUGGAGAAGAUCCUCAAACUAUUUCCAGCAGCCAUUCGCCAUGUAGAUUCAGACCAGAAGAAUAUAGUGCUGUUGGCAGUGAAGAAUAGACAAAUCAGUGUUUAUGAGCUAUUACUCAAUCGGAAACCUCUGGAAGAAAGUGCAUUUCGUAUGGUUGAUAGUGAGGGGAACAGUGCAUUACAUCUUGCAGCAACUUUAGGAGAUUAUAGGCCAUAUCCCUUUGCAGCUUUGCAAAUGCAAUGGGAGAUCAAAUGGUAUAAGUACGUAAAGAAUUCCGUACCAAGACAUUUCUUCAUUCGCUACAACAACAAGAACCAGGUCCCAAAGGAGAUCUUCACAGAAUCACACAAAGAACUUGUAAGAGAAGGCGGCAAAUGGCUAAACAACACUUCAAAUUCAUGUUCAGUAGUAGCAACACUUGUUACAACCGUAGCCUUUGCCACAACAGCCACUAUACCAGGAGGCUUCAAGGAAAAUAGCAGCGAACCUACCCUUCAACAUCAUCCGGGAUUUCUGGUCUAUGCAAUUUCAUCCCUCAUUGCUCUAUCCUUUUCAGUCACCUCUGUGGUCACUUUUCUGGCAAUUCUAACAUCUAGAUACCAAGUGAAAGAUUUUGGUAGAGGGUUGCCACGAAAGCUAUUGCUAGGUUUAACAUCUCUCUUUAUAUCCAUAGGAGCUAUGUUGGUUUGCUUCUGUGCAGGGCACUUUUUCCUACUAAAAAAUGUACUGAAACAAACUGCAUUCCCCGUGUAUGCAGUGGCGUGCCUCCCAGUAACAUUUUUUGCGGUGGCACAGUUUCCCUUCUACUUUGAUCUCAUAUGGGCCAUCUUUAAGAAAGUGCCACAGCGUACUAUCUAUGGUUAGUGAUUAAAAUGUAAAUAAUUGCAGUUGUUUUUCUCCCCUCCUUUUGGGGCUUGUGUUAAUUGGUUAUCUUGCUUAUAAACUCUCUAGCCUUGAUCUCAUGCCUUUGUCUUGUUAGUA